AUGCCCCAAGAAUCGUUUCAAAGUUUUGUAGAGCGCAUUCAAACCAAUAGAGAUCUCUCUAUGGAAGAACAUAAUGCUGAAAACCAUCCUCCAACAGUGGAUAUUGAGAAUAUUGUGAUUCAAGGAAGUAUUCCCGAGAGAAUACAACAAGCAGUGAUGAUCGGAAAGAUUCCAUCGGAAAUUGAAGAAAAACCAUACAAAAAUUUGUAUAAAUCAAGAGAAGUAUUGGAGGGUGUGAUGAAUGAGUUGUUGCAAGCCUCUGAAAAGAAUCGUGAAAAUGAAAUGCUUCUUGGAAAAGUAUUCCAUUUAUUAGGAGUGAAUUAUUACGAUACAGAUGAGUUCUCAAACGCUGAAAAAUUCUUCAUCAAAUCGAUCAAUACUCUCGGAGAUGAAACAAAAGGAGCCUCACUAACAUGUGAUGAUUUGUCUGAGGACAAAGAAGAUAGAAUCAAAAAUGAUACAACAAUUCCAAAAGAUAUCAACUUUAUUCAUUACAUGAACGGAUCAUAUUAUUAUUUGGGCGCUAUUUGGUCAAACAGAAGUGAAUAUCACACUGCACUUAAAUAUCUCAUGAAAUCUGAAGAAAUUUAUAACUAUUUCAAGUUGAAUGAAACCAACGUUGACGCAAAUACAAAACAAGAUUUGGAAAAUGACUACACUCUAACAGCAUACUACUUAGCCCAAGUAUAUACUCAUUUAAAGGAUGGAGAUCAAGCUGCUCGGUAUUGUUUUUUGACUUUGCAGCGUCAAUUAAAUAGUGGACUUGAAUAUAGCAAAAGCGAAUGGAUUGAAAAUAGUAUUCAACUAAGCUCAUUCUUUCUUGGCUUAUUGGACUAUAAGACAGCUAUUCAUUUCAUUAAGGCAGCAGAAUAUAUACUUAUGAAAACAUUUUCUGACACAGAAGAAGAAAAUGAAUUACAAGCUAAAAUUAAUAUGGCAAAAGGAAAAUUAUCGCUCGACAAGCUUGAGUAUAGCAAGGCAUGGGUGGAAGAGCAUGAGUCGUCUCGAAUUCAACAUGGUCAAAUUUUGACUAAUCUCCCUUCUGACAGAUGUGAGAAGGUAUUAAUUGAGAAAAAGAAUACUGCAUUUUCAACGUUCUAUUUUGAUAAUAUUCCAAUUGAACACAACGAAACAGAUUCCUAUGUGUGUAGAUCCUUUGCUGAAGCUCUUGAAGUAUUUAGAGAGGGUAAAAAGGCGUUCGAAAAGUCAUUAGAGUAUUAUGUCAUGGAUGGGUUCGUGUCUGAUCACAUAUCAUUGCUUCAAGAUUUAAGCUCGCUCUACAGAUGUUUGAUAUUUUUCGAGGAGAAUAUUGAUCGAAAAGUAGCAAUGCACGAAAGAAGACUAGAUCUUCUUGAAAAGAAUACGGGAGAGCUCAAUGUGGCUUAUUAUAGAGAUAUUUUGAAACAGCUUUGUUUUGAGGUGGCUGAAACCUAUGUUUCCAUAUUCGAACUUUUGAGCUUGAAAAAUAAGCUUAGAGACAUUUACAAAGAAGUGAGCUUUAAAAAAAUGAAUACUAUAAUUACCAAAGCUCUUACCUUCCUUAUCAAAUUUUCUGGACUAUUUACAGAUAAGGGUGUUUUGAAUGUGGAAUCUGAGAAUAGACCUGCAUUUUUCAGAGCUCAUCUUCUUCUAGGAAGAAUGUACUAUAACUAUAUCACAUCAGAUCCUCUUCAAACAAUUGAUUACAUGAGAAAGAGCUUACAUGAAUAUGAAUUUUGUGUAAAAUUUUACAAUUAUAAUGUAGAGAUACUGGAAAAGUUACAUGCAGAAGUGGAAUUAGCAAAACAAAUGUGCACGCUGCUACCUAUGAAGAUUAGCGAAAUUAACUCUCUCCUUAGGCAAUAA